AUGCCAGCACCUUCCUCAACCUCGUAUCCGUCCUCGUCCUCGUCUUCUUACUCCCACGCCGGAGGUAGUAGCAACAGCGGUGGCAGUGCGCCGUCGUUGGCCCGCAACAAUGGCGAUCGCUCCACGGGGAAACCACAGGCCGGCGCUCCACCUGCAGGCGGUGGUCGAAGACGACAAAUCAACUACGGACGUAACCGGUACAACAAUCGGCAGGAUGACUCGCCCGACGACGACAACCUUAUCGACAUGGAGGAGGACGGUCAGGACGACAGUAAGGCCAGUAAGAAGGAAGCCUUCAUGAGCGCCCGCGAGAAGCUGGACAAAGACGACAAGCAAAAGGGGCUCAGCUCGAGGGGCGGCAGCAGCAGCAACUCGUCGUCGGCCAACGGAGGCAGCAACGCACAGCCCAACGCGCGUCCUUCGGGCCUGCGCGGCAAGCGAGGGUUCAACCCACCGUUCAAGGGCAAAGACGACAAAGACGACGGACGCGGGCCAGCUAAGAAGCAGAGGCGGGGCGACGAUGACGACGGUGACGAGCGGAAGCCCAACACCGAGAACAAUCCUCUGCUGGAAGAGCUGCUGGCGAACGAGAAGCUCAAGUUCAUCGACCCCAUCAUGGUCGAGCGCAUCUGCAGCGAAAUUCUCGAUCACAGCCCUGCCGUCGGGUGGGACGAUAUCGCUGGACUGGCUUUUGCAAAGAAGUGCGUCAAGGAAGCAGUGGUGCUGCCGCUCCUGCGUCCCGACUUCUUCCGCGGCAUUCGAACGCCGCCCAAGGGCAUCCUUCUCUUCGGGCCGCCCGGUACCGGCAAAACGAUGAUCGGCAAGGCCAUCGCCAGUCAGUCCGGUGCACGGUUCUUCGCCAUCUCGGCAAGUUCCCUCACCAGCAAGUGGAUUGGAGAGCCGGCCGUGAUCUUCAUCGACGAGAUCGACUCCAUUCUCACACAGCGAAGCGAGAACGACCAGGAGGCCACGCGGCGGCUCAAGACCGAGUUCCUCAUCCAGCUCGAUGGCGCCGCCUGCUCAGGCGAGGACAAGCUCCUCGUCGUGGGCGCCACCAACCGGCCGGCCGAGAUCGACGAGGCCGCGCGACGUCGGCUUGUCAAGCGACUCUACAUCCCGCUGCCCGACACCCUGGCCCGCCGGUCGAUGAUCCUGCACUACCUGCACUCGCUGCAGACCAACCUCAGCGACGACCACGUCGACACGGUGGUGGCGCGUGCGCAGGGCUACUCGGGUUCGGACAUCAAGGCCCUGUGCGCCGAGGCCGCCAUGGGACCCAUCCGCAACCUCGAGCCCGAGCUGCUCAUGAACCUGUCCGAGGACCAGAUCCGUCCCAUCGGCUACGACGAUUUCGUGUCGGCGUUCGACCAUGUGCGGCCGAGCGUGUCGCAGAAGGACCUGGCGUCGCUGCAGGAGUGGAACGAGCAGUACGGCAGCUUCAAGACCACCGGCGAGGAGGCCCUCAUCGUCGAAGCCGAUGUCUGCCCACCAUGA